GCUAAAGAUGAUGUUCAAGUGGAUCAUUGUGUUUGUGUUUGUGACUGUGAGUGUUGCAUCUGAUCCAGAAGAGGAAAGCUCUGACCCAGAUGUUUUCGAGGGUGACAUGAUCCUGUCACCWGAACAAAGGGCGGCGGCGAUGAGCGGUGGUGAUGUAGACGCACCUGUUGGUCGAGGAGCUAUCAAAAACAAGCGAUGGCCUGGAGGGGUUGUUGUUUAUCAAAUCGAUGGUGCACUAGCACGGAAUUCAAGAGCAAUGAAUGCCAUUAGAAGUGGAAUGAACGAAUGGACAUCGAAAACUUGUAUUCGAUUCAAGCAGAGAACAAACGAAAGAGGCUACGCUUAUUUCAAGAUAGGAUCGGGAUGUUCAUCGCACGUAGGAAGAAYGGGAURKCGACAGGACAUCAAUCUUGCUAGUGGCUGUUGGCACACAGGAAUUGUGGCCCAUGAAAUUGGUCACGCCCUUGGCUUCUACCACGAACAAUCGCGUCCUGACCGAGACCAAUACGUCACCAUCCACUGGGAAAACAUCAUCGGAAACGCUAAGUUUAAUUUCAACAAGUACAACAGGAACACCAUYGAUUCACUUGGUACUCCUUACGAUUAUGACUCCGUCAUGCACUAUGGCUCAAGGGCGUUCAGUAGAAACGGUAGACCAACCAUCUCUCCUAGAAGGGGAGGGGUUUCAAUUGGACAGCGACGAGGUCUCAGUAGAAUUGACGCGCAGCAAAUGAAUCUGCUAUACAGAGGGGUGUGCAGUGGUGGUGGUGGUGGUGGUGGUAGUGUAGUGGGCCCGCCCCAGCCUCCUCCGCCAUCGUGCAAUGAUAAAAACCCCCUGUGUGGUGUAAUGGGAUUCCUGUGCUUCCUACCCAACAUCCAAAACGAUUGUAGAAAGACAUGCAAUAAAUGUUAGACCAGUCAAGGUUCAGAUUUUCUGCAUCGUUACAAUAAAUAAACACAAUAACCAAA